AUGUAUCAUACCGCAUUGAACGAUAUGGAAUUACUACAGGGUGAUGUGAGACCAGCUCUUGGGCCAGAUAGUCCCAAGCCAAUACCUCCUGACCCAUAUCCACGCCCUGACCCAGACCCUCCGGGCCCUCACCCAGAUAUCAAGUGUCGUUCAGCUACAUGCUACAUCGGCCUAGGCAACAUUAAGUCGGAAUUUCCUAACCUCACGGUUCUGCCUCGCCCGGAGCCUAGCCAAGACAGUGUAGCCGAACACGCUCUCUGGGAGGCCGAAUUCGAGCAAUGGGGCGGCCUUCAAUGCGGCUGUGGAAAUGGAUAUUUUUGCCGUGAGCAUGGAGACUGGAUCUCAGGUGGCGAGGUUCUGCACGGGCAUGCAUUACCCCGUGGCGAUCAGAAGAAUGGGCGCUGCCCAACGCAUCACUAUCAAGGUAUGAUGGGCACAAUCUCCAUGCUGUACUGA